CCUGACACAAUCAUUAAGCUCAAGUUCACCAGCCAUGAGGUCAAAGUUCAAAUGGACAGCCCGGUUGUACAGGAGGCGCUGAAGCAGAACGUGCCCAGACUGGCCUUGGAAAAGGUCAUAGAGCACAACCUCGCUUUCGGGGCGGGGGACUUCACCACGGUGGAGGAGCUAAAACAAGCCGUGGAGAACCUCAAAGCCAGAACCGCUAAAGGCACCAACGGUACCGCUGCAGCUUCGCAAGCGGGUGCGGACGCUGAGAAGGGCGACGCGGCCGGACCCGAGGGCCAGAACUUGUGUAAAGUCUGCUUGGCCGAGAAGUGUUCCGUUGCUUUUGUUCCGUGCGGGCAUAUUGUUUGCUGCCCGGGCUGCGCGGAGACGCUGACGUCAUGCCCGGUCUGCCGUGCGAUGAUACAGAUAAGACUACGGACUUACGUCCCUUAGAUAGUACUGUUCAAAAAUUAUUUCUGACUUAUGUCCCUUAGAUUCUACUGCUCACACAUUAUUACUGACUUAUGUCCCUUAGUUCGACUGGUCCUAAUUUUUUUAGCUACAUUUAAUACGCCAAAAAAAAAAAAAACAAACAAAAA